AUGAACAGAGAUGGAUCAAGCCAACUAAAUACUUAUACUGAAGAAACACGGGUAUGGAUCGUCGAAUAUGCCGUCUUGGUGGAUCUGUCUAUCAAUAUCACUUGGCAUCUAGGCACAGUCAUCGACAGUGGCAUAUCAUUUGUAAUUUGUCCGAAUCUUGAAGCAUUUGCCAAUGCUCAUUAUAAUUUGGGUCAACGUCGUGAAACGUAA